AGGUCAUGAGUUUAGACUCAAUACUUGCUGACUCUAAUUAGCCACUGAUUUCAAAAACUGGCACAAAAAAAAAACGUUUCUUCUUCAAAGUUUCCACCUGAAACAGAAGUUGGGUGUUUCCAAGGUGGCUACACAUCGGACCAGUUAAACCAGAUGUUAUUCUGUCACAGGUCUGUAGGACUGUGUACUGAUCCGGCUGCUAUAAACUGGACUGUGUGACCAAUGUCAGCACUGGUUUCCUCUUCACUGCUCAGAUCAUGGGCAAACAGACUCGCUUUCGUGGAUGGACUUAAACGCACCACGUCACUGACAUCAUGCAGCUCUACUUUGAUCUUGUCCCGGUCACUGCAUGUGGACAGUCCUCCUCACAAACCCUCUCUGACCUGCAGCUACGUCCACGGCACCUCCACCGUCUCUCUGCUCUCCCAGACCGUGGCUCAGAGCCUGGACAGCACAGUGCAGCGCUGGCCGGACCGUGAAGCUGUCGUCUUCCUGCAGGACGGCAUCCGGAAAACCUUUGCACAGUUUCAGCAAGAUGUAGACCAGGCAGCUGCAGGACUCCUUGCUCUGGGCCUGAAGCGAGGCGACCGACUGGGAGUUUGGGGACCCAACAUUUACGAGUGGAUCCUUUUCCAGUUUGCUUCAGCCAAGGCUGGGAUUAUACUGGUUGCCUUGAACCCAGCCUAUCAGGUGAAGGAAGUGGAGUUUACGUUAAAAAAGGUCCAGUGUAAGGCAGUGGUCUGUCCUACUCACUUUAAAAGCCAGAUGUUCUGUGAGAUGCUGAGGGAGAUCUGCCCAGAGAUUGAUGAGGCACCAGCUGGUAUGAUCCAAAGCUCCAGGCUGCCAGACUUGCGUAUGGUGAUCGUGACAGACAGCAGACAGCCAGGGAUGCUGCAUGUGGAGGAUGUGAUGCAAGCAGGAGAGAGUCGACACCACAAAGAGCUGAUGGAGCUACAGAAGAUGCUGUCCUUCGAUGACCCCAUCAAUAUUCAGUUCACAUCGGGAACUACAGGGAGCCCAAAGGGAACGGUUCUUUCCCAUCACAAUAUUGUCAAUAAUGCCUACUUUACUGGUCUUCGAGUGGGUUAUGCAUCAAGACCCCGGGUGCGAGUGUGCGUCCCUGUGCCGAUGUACCACUGCUUUGGCUCAGUGUUUGGAGGGAUUUGCAUGGCAGUGCAGGGUGUUACGCUCGUCUUUCCUAGUUCUGGCUACAACAUCAAUGCUAAUUUGGAGGCCAUUCACAGUGAAAAGUGCAACUUCGUCUACGGCACUCCCACAAUGUUCAUCGACUUGCUUAGCCAACCAGAUUUACACAAGUAUGACCUGUCAUCAGUUGAAUCUGGGAUCAUGGCAGGGUCUUCGUGUCCACCUGAGAUUGUUAGAAAACUGAUAACAGACAUGAACAUGACAGAGAUAGUCAUAGGUUAUGGAACCACAGAGAAUAUACUUACAUUUCUGGGGUUUCCACAAGACAACGAUGAACUGAAGAUAAACUCGACUGGAUGCAUCAUGAGCCACACUGAGGCAAAAGUGGUGGACCCCACUACUGGGGUGGUUGUUCCUCUGGGAGAAUCAGGAGAGAUUAUGAUCAGAGGCCCCUGUGUCAUGCACGGGUACUGGGACGAUCCAGAAAAAACCAGAGAGGUCAUUUCGCAAGAUCGCUGGUACAGGACUGGGGACACAGCCAGCCUAAACAGUCUGGGAUACUGCAGAAUUGAUGGACGUAUGAAAGACAUGAUCAUCCGUGGAGGGGAGAACAUCUAUCCUGCUGAGAUAGAGCAGUUUCUUUACACGCAUCCCAGAGUGCAGGAGGUGCAGGUGGUUGGGGUGAAAGAUGAGAGGCUGGGUGAGCAGGUGUGUGCCUGCAUCAGGCUGAAGGAGGGUCAGCGCUGCGGUGCAGAGGAGAUUAGAGCGUUCUGCAAAGGACAGAUUUCUCGUUUCAAAAUCCCACAUUAUGUGAUGUUUGUGGACAGCUACCCCCUCACUGUCUCUGGAAAGAUCAAGAAAAAUGUACUAAAGCAGGAUAUGGAGAAGGCACUGGGCCUUUAACAUGAAGGACACUGAGUGAAGCACCAGGAGAUGAAAUGGGGCUAUAAUUCAAAUUUGCUGUCUAAAUGAUAAUAAAAUAAUUUGAACCUAA